GCCCCAGGAGCGCGCGGGCCCCCCCGGGCACCGGAAGCGGAACGAACCUGCGUCCCCCCGACCCCGGCAGCCGGGCGGGGCCGCGGGCAGCUUUCCUGAUGUCCCUGUAAAUCCAGCCUGGAAUCUCCUUAGUCAGGGGGGAGGGAACCUCUUGAAUUGAAAAGCUUCCUUCUGCCUCAGUUCCCUGCUCCCUUCCUCUGCCACAACAAGCACCAUCCCCUGAAGAUGGCAUCUGACAGCCCAGAGUCCCUGAUGACGUUAUGCACAGAUUACUGCCUGCGCAAUCUGGAGGGAACCCUCUGCUAUCUACUAGAUAAUGAGACCCUACGGCUUCACCCAGACAUCUUCCUGCCAAGCGAGAUUUGUGACAAGCUUGUCAAUGAGUAUGUGGAGCUGGUGAAGACGGACAGUGUCUUUGAACCCCACGAAAGCUUCUUCAGCCUGUUUUCAGAUCCACGGAGCACGAGGCUAGCCCGGAUCCAUUUGCGGGAGCAGAUAGUGCAGGACCAGGACCUGGAGGCCAUCAGAAAGCAGGACCUGGUAGAGCUCUCGCUGACUAACUGUGAGAAGCUGACAGCCAAGAGCCUGCAGACCCUGUUGAGUUUCAGCCACACACUUGUCUCCCUGAGCCUCUUUGGCUGCUGUAAUAUCUUUUAUGAGGAAGAGAACCCAGGUGGCUGCGAGGAUGACUGCCUGGUGAACCCCACUCGCCAGGUCUUGGUCAAGGACUUUACCUUUGAGGGCUUCAGCCGCCUGCGCUUUCUGAACCUGGGCCGCCUGACCGAGGGGGUGAAUGUGGAAACAUUGCUUCGUCCCUUGGCUUCCCUCACAGCCCUAGAUCUCUCGGGGAUCCAGCUGCAAGAUGUGGUGUUUCUGACCCAGUGGAAGGACAGUCUGGUUUCCUUAGUGCUUUACAACAUGGACCUUUCAGAGGAGCACAUCCAAGUGAUUGCACAGCUCCGCAAGCUCAGGCACUUGGAUAUUUCCCGAGACCAUCUGUCCAGCUAUUACAAAUUCAAGCUGACCCGGCGAGUGCUGAACCUAUUUGUGGAAAACCUGGUAAACCUCACCUCGCUGGAUAUCUCAGGGCACACCAUGUUGGAGAACUGCACUAUCUCAAGCAUGGAGGAGAAAAUGGGCCAGACAAGCACUGAGCCAGCAAAGAGCAGUAUUGCCCCUUUCAGGGGGCUGAAACGACCACUCCAGUUCCUGGGCCUCUUUGAGACUUCUCUUUGUCGUCUGACACAUAUUCCAGCCUACAAGGUGAGUGGAGACAAGAACGAGGAGCAGGUGCUAAAUGCCAUCGAGGCAUACACAGAGCACAGGCCUGAAAUCACGUCCCGGGCCAUCAACCUUCUUUUCGACAUCGCCCGUAUUGAGCACUGCCACCAGCUGCUGAGAGCCCUGCAGCUGGUGAUCACAGCCCUCAAGUGCCAUAAAGAUGAUAAGAACAUCCAGGUGACAGGCAGUGCAGCCCUCUUCUACCUUACAAACUCAGAGUACCGGCCUGAGCAGAGUGUGAAGCUACGGCGGCAGGUGAUCCAAGUGGUGCUGAAUGGCAUGGAGUCUUACCAGGAAGUUACAGUGCAGCGGAACUGCUGCCUGACACUGUGUAACUUCAGCAUCCCAGAGGAACUGGAAUUUCAGUACCGCCGCGUCAACGAGCUGCUGCUGAACAUCCUCAACCAGAGUCGGCAGGAUGAGUCCAUCCAGCGCAUCGCUGUGCACCUCUGCAAUGCCUUGGUCUGCCAGGUGGACAACGACCAUAAGGAGGCUGUGGGCAAGAUGGGGUUUGUCAUGACCAUGCUGAAACUAAUUCAGAAGAAGCUGACAGACAAAACUUGCGAUCAGGUGAUGGAGUUCUCCUGGAGCGCCUUGUGGAAUAUCACAGAUGAAACUCCUGAUAACUGUGAGAUGUUCCUCAACUACAGUGGCAUGAAGCUGUUCCUGGAAUGUCUGAAAGAGUUCCCAGAGAAGCAGGAGCUACAUCGCAACAUGCUGGGUCUGUUGGGGAAUGUGGCAGAGGUGAAGGAGCUCCGCCCCCAGCUUAUGACCUCUCAGUUCAUCAGUGUGUUCAGCAACCUGUUGGAGAGCAAAGCGGAUGGGAUUGAGGUAUCAUACAAUGCAUGCGGGGUCCUUUCCCAUAUCAUGUUUGAUGGCCCAGAGGCUUGGUGUAUCUGUGAGCCACGCCGGGAGGAAGUGGUAGACAGGAUGUGGGCAGCCAUCCAGAGCUGGGACAUUAACUCCAGGAGAAAUAUCAAUUACAGGUCAUUUGAGCCAAUCCUUCGACUCCUUCCACAAGGCAUCUCCCCUGUCAGCCAGCACUGGGCUACCUGGGCACUGUAUAACCUCGUCUCUGUCUACUCUGACAAGUAUUGCCCCCUGCUGAUCAAAGAAGGAGGGAUCCCUCUUCUGAAGGACAUGAUUAAAAUGGCUUCAGCACGGCAGGAGACAAAGGAAAUGGCCCGGAAAGUUAUAGAGCACUGCAGUAACUUUAAGGAGGAGAACAUGGACACUUCCAGAUAGAGGCAGUGCCUCUUGCCAGCACUGUAUCCAGCUUCUCUCUAAUUCACUGUAUAUAGGGAGGACUCUUUCUCACCAGCUUGGCUGUUGGAAGGAACCUUUAUGUGUGUGCGUGUGUGCGCAUGUGUGUAUGUACGUGUGUGUGUGUGUGUGUGUGUGUGUGUGUGUGUGUGUGUGUGGGAGACCCUCAGUAGAUGAAGGUGCACAGGGGGAGGGGGGAGGGAUUUUUUGCACAACAGAUGCUUUCCUUAAAGUAGUGGAUUUUUCGUCUGGAUUGAAGUUGUGUGUGUGAUUUCUGUAUAAAAACAAAAAACCUGAAACAGAGACAGCCACAUCAUGUAUCUUUCAACCUUUUUUUAGACCACAGAGAAGCCUCAAGUGAACAUGAGCUUGAAGAGCUAGUCAUGGGAUUGGUAUCAGGAAUUUUUUUUUUUUAUUUCCACCUCCAGAAAAUGCCCUUUCAUUACAUUGUACAAAGUUCUGCAGCGUCUGCCAGAACAAUCAUUCUAGAAGCAGUGUGGCCUCCUGUCUACCUGGGGAUUGUAGGUACUGAUCAGUGAUUUAUUUGUCUGAAAGGGAGAGAAAUAACAGUAAGAAAUUUAGACAAAAAAAAUCAAAACUUUCUCUAAUAUUUAUAAGUAGAAUCAUAAUGUGAGAGAGCCAUUUCAUUCACUCAGUGGGUUUUUAAUGAGAAGUCUGGUAAUGCGAGUUCUCCUAUCUGUAUUUGGGUGCAUUGGGAAAUUCCAUGCUGUAAAACGUUCCCAUUGACCCUUUGAAGCCAAAAGUUGUGAACUUUUUUUCUCCAGUAGCACUGCAGUGGGAACUUCCAGCCACCUGGCCCCACAAGGUUAAGGGAAGGGCAAGAAAAACAGCUACUAGUCCUUCACAGUAGAGGGCUUUUUCCUCCAAGGUUACUGUGCAGUGAGAAACGGGAUUUGCUCACAGAGGCUCAGGUCUCUCUGGCUCUUAGUGCCAGUUCUUUCACCGUCUUUGCUAUAUUGUGUUUUCAGUGUGUUACGACAGGCUACAAAUGCCACAGACUUGGUUUCCCUUCACCAUGUCCAGCUCUUUCUGGGACCCAGCCACAGAGGCUCUCAACGCUGCACGAAUUCCAAGAGUCAUCUGCUUAGGCAAAGUCCCACUGAAGGCCUGGAGGGUUUUCACUCAUCUCUUAAUCGCAGACUAGCACUUGCCCAUGUUGUUGUACAUGUAGUUGGGCUCCCCAUCUGUUGGAUGCAUAAGGUCUGUUUCACAAUGUUUAGGCAGCCUGACAGUCUCUUCUAGGAUUCCAGUGCUACUAAGGGUGAUAGCGAAUCAAGCUAUGUAAAUCCCCCCUUUCAACCUCCCUUGUCCUCUCCAGCUCACACCAACCCUAGCCAUUGUAACUCCAUUUGCUUCAGUGGGGUUACUCCUUAUUUACACCAGUGUAAGUAGGAUGGGAAUCUAUCUCAGAGUCUUUACCUAUAGGACUCUCCAAGCCCUUGCUAGCCUGAGAAGCUAAAGCCUCACGUCAACAUCCGCAUUGUGCAGCCUGCAGAGCCUGAGCGAGGGUGUGCUCUAUGUAUGAGAAUUCUUUCACAGUUUAAGCUAGGUUCAUUCCCUCCAGAAUGAUUUGGGAGCCAGAGGCAUUUGGGCUGGUUUAACUGGAACAUUUCAGGCCUUUGAGACAUCACACUUAGCUUUGGUGGUCUUUACUCCCUGCUCUCUUUUCCGAUGCAUCAUGCUGUGGGUUAAGUUGCUGCUAUAGCUGAGGUUCUUCUCAUGCUCAGGGCAAAAACUGAACAGGUACUUCAAAUGCCAGAACACAGGUGCUCUGCAGAGGUUUGGUUAUUCUGCCAAGAUGAUGUUACUCAAUGCCAGUUUGUUGUUCUUCCCCCUUUGCAGCCCUGCAUCUUUGGUUUGGAUGUUAUGACAUCUGUAUCUUUCUUCUUUUAAGUAUUUUUCAAGCUUUGCUCUGUUUUUAUGUCACUUUUCAUGGUUUUUUAAUGGGUUGGAAAACUGGAUAAGUUGGACAUCCAUGGUCAUUUCCUUCAUGUGCAAUUCCCCUCCCUCUCCCACAAUGCUGUAUCCAUGUGAGCUUUGGGACAGGGAAGCCAGCAUUGUAUGUGCUCUUAUUUAAUUCUCCAGCUAGGUGGGGCUGCCACUGCUGCACACUAGCUCCCUGCAGGCAAGGAGUUGGGCUGAACUAUCCACUCAAUUAACUACUUCUGCCAAGCAGCGUUGAAGGAUUGUGAGUUGGGAGAGUCUUUGCCAUUGCACUGCUAACUGGAGAAGAUUCUGUCCAUGUCUCCUAUCACAGAAGUGAGAGCUUGGUUGGGUCCUGGUGCAAUUCAGAAGAUGCCCAUCAUAGCUAAAGCAGAAUUCAGCCUCACACUAGCCAGAACCAAACAGGAUUUUAACCAGGUCCCAGCUUCCAGCAGAUUUAUGCCCUAGUGAAAAAGCAGAGUGAAAACAUGGCUUGAUUCCAUCCACUGUAGGAUUGAAUUAUGCUGGGAGCUGCAGGCUUCUGACCAGAUCUCCCCAUAUGAAGACUUUCAUUUUAGGUUGCUGCAUCUCUGUUCAAAGGUGUGACUGCAGCUUAAACUAGCUACCUUGGGUACAAAAAGCAGUGAAGCCCUGAGUGGGCUUAUGCAGCCUACACUGAAGCUGCCCCUGUUGCCAUGGGUAGGCUACCACCAAUGUCCAAACUAGCUAGCUUAAAGCUAGCCCAGGUAGAUCUGCCUACAGUUCUGCUUCUGGUCUGCAGCGUACACAUGCUUACAGUGUUAGAUGGGUCUUGAAGAUGACGCACAGGUGUACAAGCCUCUCAAGUAAACAGUUAAUUUGUACAGACUUAUUGCAUCCCAAGAACCUGGUCACAUCAUAAAGAGAACUCACUCCCAAAGAGAUUGAAAGGUCACUUGGAAAGUUGAGCAUUCAGCCAUCAUAGCUCAGAGCUUCCCCAGUGUAGCUGAUCCUUGUGUUGGGUUUGAGCACUUAGGACAGCUUUAAAAAUUAGCAGAUCCGAAGGGAACAAGGGGCAGAAAUUUGGUAGGGGAAGUUAGAAGGGAAGGAAGGGGGCUGAGGAAAGAUUGCCUGAUGCUUCUGAUCCUGAUCUGCAAGGAAUGACAAGAUCACGCUGAAAAAAAAAUGUCCCGAGACAAGCACCCUACAGAGCUAGAGCACUGAGCUAUUGCUAAGACCCCCUGAAGAUGGGUCCAAAACCUCACUGUAAGCUAUAGACUUUCUGAACCAGUCUGUAUUUAUAUGAGAUCUCAUUUGCUCAGAUGGGCCUUCCUGAUCUCUGCAAUCUUUAGCUGCAUCGGGAGAGGUAGGAAAUCCCUGUCAGGAAAGAUAUUCACAAGGGCUUCAGGUAUCCCAGAGUGAGACCAACAGCCACACAGAGGCUGGAAACAGUGUUAAGAAAGCAUCACUCUUGGCUUCACAUGAGCCCAGGACACGAUUCUUCUCCAACCAGAUAAGCUUCACAAACUGGAAGCCUCUCAAAACUGAGAGGAGAGAGACAGGCAUUAUCCAAGCAGAGGCCCAUGACUCCAGGUUCUGAAACCUCAAGGCUAGUCAGGCGAGCCCUUCGUGGGGAUAACCACACCUGCUUGCUCACUCCACUGUGGUGUUGGGAAGCUCCCUUCAUGACUGUAAUGCACUUCUGAAGGCAAAGAGGUGCUAGGUUGUUCUUGUGGGUGGCCAACCCCAGCUGCUUCCCAUCGGUGCUCUGCAUAGUGAAUCUGGGAUUUUUGUGAAGGUCUCAGGACCUGUAGCCCUGUGGUAUAGAGGCAGUGUGGCUGUCUGAGAAUGCUGGUCAGUCUUCACAGAUGAGACCUGUUAGGCCUUCCACCUCUAGUAGGGCAAAGCUUUACUAGUGCAACCCUGAAGUACCCAGCCAUUUGUUGCCUGCAAACAUCAUUCUGCAGAGAAGUACUAGCAGAACUAAAGUUGAACAACUUUCACGGAUUCACAGAGGUUUAGAGCUGGAACAGACCUCAUGAGAUCAUCGGGUCCAGCCCCCUGCUCUGGGCAGGAAAGACCGUUGGGGUCAAAUAACCCCAGCAAGGUGUGCGUCCAGUCUCCUUUUGAAGAUCUCCAGGGCACUUGGACAGGGGUGGCCAGUUCCCAACAAGAUGGAGCUGGGGAGUGAUGUCUUAGGUGGCUCAAAUUAAAUGAUGAGGCAAAGGUCUUCUCUCACAUUCUCCUUCUAGUAGUGGGACACAGAGACACCCUGUCCUUUAGGAGUAUCCUUCCCGCUGCAUUUUAAACAGUAGGGCUAAUAGAGCACAUAGCUCAGUGGUUCUCUGUACAGACAUUGUCAAGGGAACCCUCCACCUAGGGUGUAAGUAGUUUGCUUCCUGGCAUACCCAACACAAUGACACUGCAGCCUUGAGUCUGCUGAGUAUCCACCAUCCUCAGGGACAUCAACAAGAGGCAAGCAGCUCGCAUCAUUUUGGAGGCACUCAGCAUCUGGUAAGUCUCAUAGGAGCAGUAGCUUCUACCUGUCAGACCAUCUACAUGUAUAGCCUGACUACAUGCAUAGCCUGAACUAGCAAAACCAUCAGGAAAAAACAAAUUAAUUUGUACAAGGCUAAAGCAGUCUGUGCAGUGUUGAUAAUCUGAAGUCAUGGCUGUUAUUAACAUUACAAAUAAGUCAUCUUCUUCUGUGCUGUAGCAGUAACUGCCCAAGGCCCUGGUACUGGCUUACCUAUCUCCAUCCUGGGUGCUGCGAGGACUAGUACCUGUGCUGAGGCACUCCCAGCCUGCAGGAAUAGUGUAUGUACACAGCCAGGUUGGCUUUUUGUGGUCCAGUGAACAGACAGGAACUUCAUAACUUCUGCUCCGUAGGUUGUGAAUCUGGGGUGGGGGGGUCACUUGUGUUGGUCUCUGCAGAGAGUGAAGGUGCUGACCACACCCCUGGAGAGAAGCCCAAUUUCCAUCCACUUUACAUCCAACUCAAGGCAGUCUCUGCACUGGCUGCAUUGUACUUUCCCUUCAGGAAAGUAACUCCUGUUGGGACAGAGGCAGCUGCCACCAGAGUGUAAGUACUGGAUUUAAAUCCUGUUUCACAGGUGGCCUCGAGAAUGAUCCUGGGCUGUUUGUCAAAGGUUAGAGGCUAAAGGCCGGGUCAGACUGGGAAAAAAACCUGAAUUAAACCUACUAGGAACUGCAAGACAACUAGAGUGUGUAGAAGACGAGAGAUUAUGGUUGUGUCCAGGUUGGCUGGGAAGUGAGAGUGGGGGCUGGUUGAUAAGGCUGCACUCACCAAUACAAAUGGAAGAUUUCCUGCUGAAUUUAAACUGUCUGAAAGGUUAUAUUUUGACUUCACUACUUGUCACUGAGAGACUGUCUGUAAUUCUUUUCUUGUAAAAAAGAAAAAGAAAUGUGUUUAAGGCUAACAGUUAACCAAAUAUGUAAUUCCUUGUUUAAAAACAAAAAAGGCCUGUUGCAACAAGCAGCUUCAGCUUCACUCUGUCCUGGCAGGGAGAGAUCUGGUUUGGACUCCUGUACGUGGUAAAACCAAGCAAAAAGAAAUGCACAACUGUUGCUUCCUUACAAUUCUGAUUGAAUUAACUUUUCUGUUGUAUCCAUUGGGAUACUGCUGUGUAUUAAACCUUGUGCUUAACAAUCUCUUGCUCCUUUUUGUCUGCAAAUGUGGUUUAUUUGGAUAGGUUUGUUCUUUUUGCUCUUGUGUCUUUAAUUAAACAUGGAAGGAGCUGCUGUGUAUGGACAA